UCACUCAACUCUCAAAACAACUCCGUCUCUCUAUCUCAUCUCACGCACCUCUCUCUCACCCCUCUCUCUCUCACGCCUCUCUUAUUUCUCUCUCGCACCACCCUCUUAAUCUUCUUUGUCUCUCACGCAAGGCACUUCUGUUUAGAACAUACGUUUAAUUGUUUCAAUUACAUCUCAAUUGCGAAUUAGGGCUGUCGAAUUUGGGGGUUUUCAGUUCUGAGUUCAAAUUAAGACUUAUUAACUCAAACUUCUUCGACUAAUCGCUCUCUUUCUUUGUUUGUAGGUACGAUUUGAGUUAUUGGGAUUCAAUAUGUGUUAAGGAAAUUCCCCCCUCUCUAUAUAUUACUUAUUUGGGUGCUUGUCCAAUGCUCUCUAUGAUUAUUUGAGUGUUCUGUGUGCUUAUUUGGGGUUCAAUUUGAGUGCUUGUCCUAUAGUUCAAAUUAAGGCUUAUUUGAGUGCUUAUUCUAGUGCAUGUGAUAUUUAGUUUUUGGUGAAAUAACUUUUGGAAUUUUAAAGGUAUUGCUUGGAACUCUUUUUCUGUCUCUGUUGUUAUGUGAUUGUGUAUUUAUUACAUGUAUGUUGUGUUCUGUUGAGUGGAAUCAGUUAUGUUUCCGGGAAUGUAUGGGAACCAUGUUGGAUAAAAAUGUGAUGUAUUCUGUUGGUUGAGCUCUUGUUAAGGUCUCUUUCUAACUUAAAAUACAAAGUACUAUAUAGAACCAUAUCCGAUCCAUUAAUGUUGCGAGAUGCAUUCUCUCAAAUCCACAAAUAUGACUCGCUUUAGAAACCGUUGGGUACGGUCAAUUUUAUCACUGUGUACUUCACUUUUUCUAGUUUUUUGUGUUUUGGUGAAGUUGUUCAGGUAAUGGUAAGGGUUGAAACAGCUGCAGAGGGAGCGAGCCGAUAGUAGGAACUUGUUCAGGUGUGUUCUGGAGCUGAGGAUGAAUGGGUUGGCUUUCUUAUGUCUAAAAGAGCUUCAGGAGCUGAGGAUGAAUGAACUUGCUUUUGUCUUGCCUGACAGCGGAGCUGAGCAUAUUGUCUCUAAUUUCAGUAACAGAGAAAGCCUUAUGUGUGACCUACAGGGUGCUGGGAUCAUAACUCUUGCAGAAACGCACGAUCUUACAGUAUUUGAGCUGAUAUGAUCACAAAUAUUAGAUUUUGCAUCCAAAACUAAUAUAGGGGUAAUGUCUCUUUACAGAUCCAAAAUGAAGGAAAUCAUUUGCGAUUAGGAGCUAAAUAUGCUCUUCUUAAUAGCCUUCUUGUUGCAGCUAAAAAAUUCAGCUCAGGUCCCCCACAGAUUCUUCAACUUACUUGGCAGGCUCUUUUGGUCAUUGUUGUACUAGAAAAGAAUGCUCUUUCUGUUAUGAAAAUAUUUCAGUAGUAGUGCUGCUUCUGUUGAUUGAUUUAAUCCAGUGAUCAACUGUCAUGUACAUUGGAAUGUGCAUUUUUAGCGUGUUGGAUAUCCAAGACCAAAGUACAUAUAUUAGGCGAUGCUUGUAUGGCCAAGAGCUUUUGUCACAUACACCGAUGGUUAUUGAGUUCCUACUAAAUGAAUCUGAGAAAUAUAUUGAUGGUGUUGUCCAACUACACGAAAGGAAUAGGAAGCUUCUGCGAUGCUUACUGAGUUGGGUUCAAGCUGGUUGCUUGUCUGAAAUUUCAGCUCUUUCAUUGCCAGCUCAUCCGCUUCUCAGUUUUGUAUUCAACUCGUUGCAGCAAUCUAGAAGUUUCGGACAUCAUUACAUUCAAGGCGCCACCUAUUCUUCACGUGUUAGUGGAAGAGUGAAGAUAUUUUGUUUAUUGAAAGCAAAAUGAAGUUGUGCUGCGCAAAGCUGUGAGUGGCUAAAGUUGUGAGCAGUGUUGUGAAAAUCGCGCUUAAUCGCGCGAUUAAUUGCGCUUCGCGAGUAAGCGAUGGUUCCGCGAGUUGCGUAUGAGCGAUUUAGCGCGAUUUUGAAAUUGUCCAAAAAUCGCGUUUAACUCGCGAUUACUCGCAAAAACUCGCCAAAACUCGCAAUAAAAAGCGCAAAAACUCGCAAAAGUAUAGGAGGACUGAAAUACCCUUAGGUUAAAAAAAAACUACUUAUAUCUUCAUCAGUUAUAAACUACUUCCUCACAACUUAUUAUAUAUCAGCCGUCAUUUUCACUCA